GUAUGGAUAUGUAAAUAAAUAAAGUUUAAUAGGCAGCUGAAAAUCGACACGCUUAUCACUUAUCACUAAAGUGGCAAUAGCAAAUAAUAAUGCAAGCUCCUCCCGAGUGUCCAGUGAAAUGAUAAAAGUAAUACCUACUUGAAAUAAUGAAAACAUGUACGUUCAUAUGCAGCUGAAUUUAGAGAGACCAGUGUUGAAACCAGUGGUGUCUGAGAAGUCAAAGCGAGAAUAUGUUCGUAGGAACCGGUAAACAACCGAAGAAAACAAGUAAACAUCAAUUUGUGUGAGACGUGCAUAUGUUUAGAUAAGAACAACAGCGAUUAUAUUUUCAAAGAAAACAUUGGGAAAACUUGCGAAAUUUUACAAAGUUAUUGUGCCCUUGAAAUGCGCUCGGCUGCAGUAGCAAAAACGGUAGCUUUAGCAAAAAUCUCCUUAAUAAAUAGGCGAAGAAGUAAAGUGAGGGCAAAGUUCACUAGUGGCGCUCCAUAAAUACGUACAUACAUACAUACGUAUAUAUAUAUAUAUUCGUGUGAAUGUCCGAUCUCCACACACAUUAGUAAGUUUUUGUCCGUUUACUUGGAAAAAGGAAAGCAAAAUAAUAUUUGUCAGUAAAAACUAAAUUGUUAUCUGGAAAUCGAUCUAACGGUAGAUGUUGUUGUAGGCUACGAACGUUGAAUGCGCAAAUAUAUUUCUUCUGUAUUCAAUGACUUGUUUUACAACUGGAAAGCCGCAAUCGCGAUCUACUGAUGUGCUUAUAUGAUUUAAUGGAGAUAUAGCAGCUGUAUUUGUUUACGAAUUUCCGGAAAGACCAGAAAGUUAUAAAAGCUAUUUUAUAGUAACACAAGCAGCGGCGAAGCAAAUAAUUUUAUGACCAGGAUCAAUUUGCAAUCUUUGAAAGAAGACGACCGUUGCUCUGGAGGAAAUAAGGGAAUUGCUGAGCGUGCAAAAAAGCUGUUAUCACCACAAACAAAAUACAUUCGACCACAAACAUGUUUAAGUCGAAAACCUUGACUUAUCAAAUUGCGAAAGAAUGCCGCACAUGGCGAAAAUUCAGCAGUCACAACAAAGGCAGUGGGAGUAUGGCUAAAUAUCCACCACCUCAGUUCAAAUUACAACGUGCGCUAAUCAUAGCGAAAUUUUCGAGAUACGAAUUCGAACAGAUGCGCUAUCCAAAACUAAAUCGAGAGCAGCUGGAAAAGAAGCUGCGGCAUCGGGGCACCGACUAUGAGAUGUUAAUGUAUCUGCAUAAUAUACACAAGGACUUUGAGCGAAAGGUGGUAAAGAGUUUUUUGGAUGUGGGCUGCGAAGUUAAGGUGGCUAAUAGAGUCGAAUUUAGAAGCUCCCUAAGCAAGGAGAUCAUGAAAUGGGCCGAUUUGAUUGUACCGGUGGGCGGCGAUGGUACCUUUUUGCUGUCGGCGGGACGUGCCAGUCCACUUUUUGCGCAGAGUCAACAGAAAACACCCAUUGUUGGCUUCAAUUCAGAUCCCCAGCGCUCCGAGGGUCGAUUAAUGUUGCCAAAGCAUUACACGGAGAAUACAGCAGAUGCGGUGGCCAAAAUAAAGAGUGGUGAUUUCCAGUGGAUGUAUCGUACACGCAUCCGCACCUCUAUACUGGGCACUAACGGCAAAAUACCCGAGUCCACUGAUUUAUAUAGGCAUACAGUGACGAAAAUGGAACAAGAAAAGAUUGAACCGGAAUAUUUGAGCAAGGAAUGGGCAUUGCGAUAUAAGGCGAAAAUGAAGCGAGUUCUGCCCUAUUUGGCGCUUAACGAGGUAUUUAUUGGUGAACAACUUUCGGCACGUGUUUCACAUUUGCAAUUAGUGAUAAAUCAUGACGAUAUCGACAAUAAGACGAAGUGUUCAGGAUUAUGUGUGAGCACUGGAACGGGAUCGACUUCGUGGCACACGAGCAUAAAUCGUAUUACAAGCCAACAAGUUGAGGAUCUGGUACGCAUUUUGCCUAUCCCAGAGCCUGCUGAGGGUAAACCAAUACCUGCUUUUGAUGCAGAUGAGAUCGCUACUCAAUACAAUCAAAAUUUACGUUUUGCGCCAGAUGAUCCACGUUUGUGCUAUUCAAUACGCGAACAGAUUUGUGUAGGUGUUUGGCCAAUCCCAAAGGAUUUCAAGGCGCGCAGAUUUGUAAACAGCCUAUUUGUAAAGUCAAGUUGUAUCGAUGCGAAUCUUGUAAUCGAUGGCAGCAUUUCCUAUCCGUUCAACGAUGGAGCGAAGGCGUUGUUGGAAGUGCAUCCAGAAGAUGCACUACUCACUAUUUCUCUUGACUAAGCUGUAGCAUUAGCUGUUAAGUUUGUCGAUAUACCUAUAUAUUUAAUAUGUAUAUACAUAAAUUGUAUUUACACACAUACCUAGGUAUGAAAAUAAGCAUGACAUUUCGAUUCAUCAUCGAUUUUAUAUAAUGGAUAUACUUACAUAAAUUAAUAUUUUACACAUACAUACAUACAUAUACAUGCCUAAUUGGUAAUUUGUUUUGUGAUCUAGGCUUACGAUAAGUUUAACUGUAAAGUGUGCCUGCCUAGUGUGUAAUUAGAAAUUUUUGAUUGUUAUUUUUUAAAUGAGUUGAAAUACUGAGCUUUAAUAAUAAAAAAAACUCUAAAACGCUA